AUGCUGGAGGAGCCGCCUAACUAUUUGCACUCUAGACAGUCUAUCACCGGAUGUGCAGUUAUUAUCAAGACGUCAACCGGAAAUUUUCAGAAGUAAGUAAAUUUAAUUUUGAAUUUUCAGCUAAUAUUGUUAUUCCAAAUUUCCACUUAAACGAACAGUAAGUAAAGUUUUCAUCAUGAUACUGCAGUACGGACUGCUCGAUGAAACUUCGGAAUAGAACUUGUCUCAGAAUAGAAUUGUCUUGAAAUAGAUAGUUUUUAAUCCAGAUAAAAAUUAUCGCAAUCCGAUUCUGAACCUAGCUAAAUGAUUUUGCAAUCUAAACAGAAUCUAGUAACGUUUGACCGGAGUAGGCUGGUCGAACAGGCGAUUUCAGGCGCCUAUUUUCUCAACGUAGGGCCGCAGCGCCUCAUGAAAAAAACAGGCGCCUGUUUUUUUCAUGAGGCGCCUGUUCGACCAGCCUAGACCGGAGUGUUAUUAGUUUGUUUUCCGUUUUUUCGUCGCUUCAUCGUCGUUUCAUCGCUGAAUUGGAUUUUUUUUACGUAAAAAAAAACGAAAAAAAAACGGGAAACAAUAUUUUUUCACAGCCUGAAUAACCCCAUAAAUACUGUAUCUGGGAACUCUCUGGGAACUCGAUCGCAAUCUAAUUAGAAAACUUUGCAAUCUAAUACGAACUCGUUUGAAAUAGAAUUUGCUUCAAUUAGAUUGCAAAAUCUUCUAAUUAGAUUGCAAUCACUGCAAUGUUUUCUAAUUAGAUUGCAAUUUUUUCUUAUUAGAUUGCAAUUUUUUCUUAUUAGAUUGCAAUUUUUUCUUAUUAGAUUGCAAUUCAGAAAAAAUAUAUUGUAAUCUAAUACGAUUUUACUGGAACUUCAAUUAAAUCUGAUUAGAUUGCGAAAUAGGGUUUUUUCUUAUUAGAUUGCAAACUCUUCUAAUUAGAUUGCAAUCAAGUUUCCAGAGAAAUGGGAAUGCCACUACUACAAAAAAUUUGGCAGAAGUGUUCCAUCGGCCUGCUUAUUAUUACGAUCGUCAAUUUGAUUGCUUUAGGUAUAUAAAUGGUGAUGAUUUGCAUAUCGGGAUUUCGGAUUCCUUCACUGUUGUACAUUCAUUUUGGAAUCAUGGCGUGUUGUCCGAAAGUUGGUUCAUAUUCAGUUUUCUAUAAUAAUUCAUGAACAUUUUUAGGCGAUAAUUGGGCAGAUUCCAUAGUUGUUUGCGGACUACUUCCUUUUUUCUUCAAUAAUUCAGAAUGGUUUGAUAGCUCGUUGAUCUCAUUUUUGCAACUUUACUCAUCCGAGUAUAAUUAUAGAGUAAGCAGGUAUACCUACUAUGCUGAUACGUUCAGCAUUUCAGAACUACGAUGACUGGAAUUGGAACUGCUUUGAUUUCGUUCUCAACUUCCUAAAAUUCAUAAACUUUGGUAAUUACACUAAGGUCCAGUUCGUUCAGAAUUUUUUAAACUCGUUUGAUUAUCGAACUAAUGUACCUGAAGGUGUAAAGAAGAACUUUCCGUAAUUAUUUGACAGGAUUUGAUCGAUGCUAUUCAAUGUUGUGAUUUUCGAAUUUUUUGUUAUUAUCAAUAAUUAUCAAUAAUAAGUUAUUAACAAUAAACAAGCUAUGCAAAACGUAUUUCAUUCUGAAGCUCGUUAUGUAAAAUCGCUUACAGUGUACUUUUCAUUCAAGCUGUGCAGUUUAUAGUUGUACUUCGUUGUAUCAGAUGGCUGAGUUCUUGGAAGAUUUCGGAUCAAAUGAUGUCAAUAGGACCGUUGAUCGAAAUGAUUUUCGAACGAACCAAUUUCAAAUAUUCACCCAUGAGUAUCGAGAUAAAAGCAAUCCAGCUUGUUGUGGUAAUUUCAAACAGCAACAACAAAAAAGUCGUUCAAUUUUCAGCAGAAAAUGGCAAUGACCAUUCCAAGUGCGCGAAAGAAGAAGCGAGUGUGAGGAACUCAAAAAAAGAAAUAGUAAACAUCACUCGAAAACUGCAGAAAGCUCUUAUUUCAUUAGAAAUGUUCGUUUCAGCAACGCUAUUCUGACAUAAUUCAUGCCGAUUAAAAAAAUUGAAAAAUUUUUUUAGGAUGAACAACUCUGGAGCGGUAGUUAAUGUGCUUGAAGCUAUAAGAUUCAUCAAUGCGCAGCUUCGUGAACUCAUCGUUAAAAAUUCAUCGGAAUUCUCGGCAACAACUAUUCCUUUGCCAGAAUAUGAUGAAAUGGAUAUGAAAUGCUUUCUCGGCGACGAACAGGUUUGGUGAUGGUUCUUAGAGGGCUGAAACAUACUCAGACAACUCAAUUCGAAUCUAAAGAGGUUGCGUUAGAAACUAAAAUUAUCUAAUUAGAUCUUAGACGAGGUUUUGUCUAAUUUGUUUUAAUUAGAUUCAAAUUGAGUCGUCUGAGUACACAUGGCUUCACCAUCGGUUCGGCCUGAGAAGAGUAAAAUUUUUUUAAAGAAAAAAGACAGUUCUUGCACUCGGUUAAAUAGGUUUAUUCUAGAGAUUACUCGAGUAAUUCCUCGAAAUUGAUUUGCUUAGAAUACCUGUCUUCUAUCAGCCGACCCACGACAAGCCUGAUUUAUGGUAUCCAUUUCAGAUUGCGAAUAGUCAAAUUGCGAAUAGUCAAUCAAUCAUGCAGCUUGUGAAUGAAGACGUGAUAAAAACUAAAAACGAGUUGAAUCUGACUGUUGCACAAGCAGAACUUCUCCUCCGAGAAUUCGAGAAAUUGAAAAUGGAAAACCAGCGCGCGACGAGAAUUAUAAACGUUGCCUAUUUUAAUUACUAUUAG